UUUCUUUGUCUUUCACAUCAUUACAAUUCUGAAUACAAACUAUCUAGUUAAAACUUAAAUGAAACACAAGUAAAUAUUAAUUCAUCAGAAAAUAAUUAUAAAGUGAAUAUAAUAUAUUCUUUACAUUCAAUAGAUCAUUUUAAUGUCUUUGGAUCAUACAAGAAAACGUUCUAAUUCAUUAGUUCCAAGAAUUGUAGAAAAUUUACCAAAUGAUCCAGUAACUGGACAAUCAAUUUUAUUUAGAACAAUAUUCAAAGGAAGAGAUCAUACAAAAAUUAUUGAUCCAGCAGGUUUUUGUGAUAGUAAAGCAAGUCAAUUAUUAAUAAAACAUUUACGAAAAAAACGUAACUAUGGUUAUGUAUAUUGUUUAAUUGAUCGAAUACGAUUUGAAAGAAGAAGUCGUUCAAAAUUAUUUCGUAAUCAAAUUUUUUAUCAUGAUAUUAAGUAUAUUUAUUUUUUUUCAAAUUUACCAAAUGUUUUUAUGCUGGCAUUGAAUGAUGAAAAAGAAAGACGUGUUUAUGAAACAUAUUCAGUGAAUACAAUGGAAGAUAGAAAUAGAAUUGCAGAACUUACACAGAAUAAAAAUUCAUUUGGAAAAUUAAGAACAAGUAUAACUAGUCAAAUGAUAAAUUAUGGAAAUGAUAUUUUGGAAAAUGGUCAUAUUUCAUUAGAAGGAGAAGAUGAAACAGAAGGUGAAAAUGGAUUUGAAGAGGAAGAAAACUUUCAUAUGUAUAGAAACAACAAAAGAUAUAGUCAUGAUUCAUUGCAUAGAAUUAAUACAUUAGCUAACGGCCAUUCUGAAUCUUAUGAUAACUCUAAAACAACUGGACAUUUGGAGAAUGCUUAUACAAAUGGCUACUUAAAUCAAUCAAAUAUACCAACAUAUUAUAAAACGAAUACAGUAUCACAUGCAAUAAAUUCACCAACUCAUCAAUCUUACUCUAAACAACAAAACAGAUCGUUUACGGAACGUACACCUUCUCCAACAGAUUAUUUCGUUAUGCAAUAUCAUGGAAGAAAUCUACAUAAUAAUCAAACAAUAAGUACACAUUCACCAUUUAAAUACAAUGCAAAUGGAAGUUCUAUACCUAUAACUAGCAGUGAACCACUAUUAACAAAUACUCCUAUAAGAGAAGACUGUCCAAUAUAUUUCUAUGUUCAACGUAGACCUAGUAAACCGGAAAUACAAAUAGAUGAAACCACUAGAAUAAUAAAAAGUCCUUCAUCAAUUACUAUAUAUCGUUAAUAUAUUGUACAAUAGAAAAGAAAAAAAUAAUUAUUAUAAUUACAUUUCCUACUAGUUGACUAUUAUUUAUACUUUAAAUUAAUAAAGGAAACUAACAUUA